AUUGAACUUACUCUCUCUCUCUCUCUUACAUGCAGAGUCAUCAAAUUAAUUCUGCAACACUCUCACUCUGAAAUCUCGAUCCCAUUUCCUCUCUUGACCUAGUGUCGUCAAUUCGUCGAUGGAGUCUUCUGAUAAAGUAUCAACUGCUAAACGCCGCCAACCAUCACCUGGAUUUUCCCCAGAAAAGACAGAAAACAAAAGAAUGAAGAAUAGCCUCCCAUACCCACCUGAGAAACAUUUUCCAUCUGAAGUUCAUGAUGAUUCAGCAACAAAGACUGGCCAAAUCAUUCCGUUCACUGGUUCUGGAAGACGUUUAUUUGAUGGCAAACUUUGUACUCGAUCAGUUGAAGAAACCUCCUCUUCAAUGCUAAAUCAGACAACUAAGAAGGAGGAAGAACCAAAAUUUCAAGCUUUCACCGGAAAGAAGUAUUCCUUAAUUAAUUGAUCUUUCUUAGGCUACUUACAUGUUAAUGGCCUUUACUUUUAAGUACAAUCCUCAAACUGAGUUCAAGUUACAUCCUAGGAAUACAUAAACACAGGAGCAAUUCUUACAUAAGUACAGUACCUCUAUGCACCACCACUCAAAAAGCUAAAGAUGUAUUAAAAUCAUAAUAUAGAUAUAGUUAUCUCUAACUUUCGAUUAGUAGUACCGGUGGCUUUAGGUACUGUACUUAAACAAAAUUCAAGAAUUUCUCUAAACAAUAAACAUAGAAUGUGAUGCAAUUUAUGGUGCUUUAAA